AUGAACCCUGCUACCUCCCGAGCCGCGGUGCGCUCUAUGGCCACCUUAACACAUGCGGCCAGAGCUGCCAACCCCGCAACCCGCACUUUCUUGUCGGCUGCUGCUCGUCUUCCGAAGUCCAGUCGGGCUCUGAGCUCCAAUACCCGUCAGCUUGCACUCCCCCGCCUUCAGUCCUUGAACAACCGAGCCUUCAGCACAACCGUCAACAUGUCUUCCGAUAUCCGUGUCGAGAGCGAUGCCUUUGGCGAGAUCCAGGUCCCUGCGGACAAGUACUGGGGUGCCCAGACCCAGCGCUCCCUGGGUAACUUCGACAUCAACCAGCCCCAGGACCGCAUGCCCGCCCCCAUCGUCAAGGCCUUCGGUAUCCUGAAGGGUGCUGCCGCCACUGUCAACAUGAAGUACGGCCUUGACCCCAAGGUCGGUGCUGCUAUCCAGCAGGCUUCCGCCGAGGUCGCCGAGGGUAAGCUGCUCGACCACUUCCCUCUGGUCGUCUGGCAGACCGGCUCCGGCACCCAGUCCAACAUGAACUCCAACGAGGUCAUCUCCAACCGCGCCAUUGAGAUCCUGGGCGGCGUCAAGGGCUCCAAGAAGCCCGUCCACCCCAAUGACCACGUCAACAUGUCCGCCUCCUCCAACGACUCCUUCCCCACCGUCAUGCACAUCGCCGCCGUUGUCGAGCUCGAGAGCACUCUGCUGCCCUCCCUGCAGAAGCUGCGCGACGCCCUGCAAGAGAAGGUUGAGAAGUUCGACCACAUCAUCAAGAUUGGCCGCACCCACUUGCAGGAUGCUACCCCCCUCACCCUGGGUCAGGAGUUUUCCGGCUAUGUCGCCCAGCUGGACCGCAACAUUGAGCGUGUCCAGGCCAGCCUCCCCCACCUGCGCUUCCUCGCCCAGGGUGGUACCGCCGUCGGUACCGGACUGAACACCUUCAAGGGUUUCGACGAGGCCGUCGCUGCCGAGAUCAGCAAGCUGGCCGGCACCGAGUUCAAGACCGCGCCCAACAAGUUCGAGGUUCUGGCCGCCCACGACUCUAUCGUCGAGGCCUCCGGUUCCCUGAACACCCUGGCCGGCUCUCUGUUCAAGAUCGCCCAGGAUGUCCGUUACCUGGGCUCCGGUCCCCGUUGCGGUCUGGGCGAGCUGAGCCUGCCGGAGAACGAGCCCGGCAGCUCCAUCAUGCCCGGCAAGGUCAACCCCACCCAGUGCGAGUCGCUCACCAUGGUCUGCGCCCAGGUCAUGGGUAACCACGUCGCCGCGACCAUCGGUGGCAUGAACGGACAGUUCGAGCUGAACGUCUUCAAGCCCGUCAUGAUCAGCAACCUGCUCCACAGCGUGCGCAUUCUCUCCGAUGGCAUGAACAGCUUCCGUACCCACCUGGUUGACGGUCUGGAGGCCAACGAGACCCGCAUUAACUCCCUUCUCCACGAGAGUCUGAUGCUCGUGACCUGCCUGAACCCCGUGAUUGGCUACGACAUGGCUUCCAAGGUGGCCAAGAACGCCCACAAGAAGGGCCUCACCCUGAAGGAGUCCGCCAUGGAGCUGAAGGCUCUGAGCUCUGAGGAGUUCGAUCAGUAUGUGCGCCCGGAGCUGAUGCUGGCUCCUAAGGAGCACAAAUAA